AUGGCGAGGCGGACAGCGGGGACAUCGCUGGCUUCGACGCCGGAUACGAGCGCUGCUUUCCGGGAUAGUCCGCUUCGGUUUGUGGCUUUUUCGUGGAGCUUCGUUUUAAUCUACUCGGCUCUUUCUUGUGGAUAUUGCGGAGCCGAGACGGAGUUUUCUAUCCUGGAAGAAGCUCAGGUUUUGUCCGAGCAGAUGAAAAAGCUGUCCUCUCAGGAGCUGGGAGUCUUUACUAUGCAGAGGAUUUUCAACUCAUUUGUGUACACCGAAAAGACAUCAAACGGAGAGACAGAAGUGCAGCAGUUGGCCAAGAAGAUUCGGGAGAAGUUUAACCGCUACCUGGAUGUGGUGAACAGGAACAAACAGGUGGUGGAGGCAUCGUACACCGCCCACCUCACCUCUCCACUCACUGCGAUACAGGACUGCUGUUCCAUACCAGCGUCUAUGAUGGAGUUUGAUGGAAACUUCAAUACCAACGUCUCCAAGACCAUCUGCUGUGACAGACUUUCACCCACCGUCAACAGCCGAGCUUUCAACCCAGGACGAGACCUCAACUCAGUGUUGGCAGACAACCUGAAGUCCAACCCAGGGAUAAAAUGGCAGUACUUCAGCUCAGAGGAGGGCAUCUUCACCGUGUUCCCUGCCCACAAGUUCCACUGUAAAGGAAGUUACGAGCACCGUAGCAGGCCUGUGUAUGUGUCUGCAGUGCGUCCCCAGUCUAAACACAUUGUAGUGAUGGUGGACCACGGAGCAUCGGUAACUGACACCCAACUUCAGAUUGCCAGGGACUCUGCACUGGUUAUCCUUAAUGCCAUAGAUGAACAUGACAAGAUCUCCAUUCUGUCUGUGGCAGAGAUGGUUCGCUCCUGUUCUCUGGAUCAGUGCUAUAAGAGUCUGCUGUCUCCAGCCACCAGCGAGACCAAGAGGAAGAUGACCACCUUCAUCUCCAACAUUAAGGCCUCUGAUAGCACUACACAGCAUGCAGCAGGCUUCCAGAAGGCCUUCCAGCUGCUCCGAAACACCACCAGCCUCAGCAAGCAAGCAGCAACCACAGACAUGGUGAUCAUCUACUUGUCAUCUGGUAUCACGUCUCGAGAGUCCUCAGAGCAGGAGAAGAGAGCGACUCUUAGUGUGGUCAGAGAGGAGAACAGACACCUCAACAACUCUGUCAUGAUCCUCACCUACGCUCUGAUGAAUGAGGGAGUAACAGGUCUGAAGGAGUUGGCCUUCCUGCGGGACCUUGCCGAGCAGAAUUCGGUGAAGUACGGCGUCGACCGAACCUCCGACCGGGACCGUUCAUCUAUGGCAUCCUCGUCCGGAACAGCAGGUGCUUCCAUGAUGCCAGUGAUGAAGGGCAGCAUGAUGGUGCUGAACCAGCUGAGCAACCUGGAGACAACAGUGGGUCGCUUCUAUAUCAACCUGCCCAACCGCAUGAUAGACCUGGCCCGUUUCAGCCUGCCCUAUUCUGACCCCAUGGGAGACGGGUUUAUUAUGACUGUGAGCCGGCCGUGUUAUUUUGGUAACCUGCUCCUGGGCGUGGUCGGGGUGGAUGUGAAUCUAGCUUACAUUUUGGAGGAUGUCACCUACUACCAAGACUCUCUGGCUUCAUACACCUUCCUCAUCGACAACAAAGGUUACACCCUGAUGCACCCAUCACUAACACGGCCCUAUCUGAUGACGGAGCCUCCCCUGCACACAGACAUUAUCCACUAUGAGAAUAUCCCUGGAUUCCCUGCUGUACGACAGAAUAUCCUCAGCCUCCCUUUGGGCAGUCAGAUCAUUGUUGUGCCAGUCAACUCCUCUCUGUCCUGGCACACCAAUCGACUCAGGGACAACAGCAAAGAUGCAUACAACGUCAGCUACGCCUGGAAGCUGGUUCAGGACACGUCAUUCAUCCUGUGCAUAGUGUAUGUGCAGCCAGAGAUUCCAGUAAAGCAGCUGAAGAAUCUGAACACCGCUCCCAGCUCUAAGCUCCUCUACCAUCGUUUAGACCUGCUGGGUCAGCCCAGCUCCUGCCUGCACUUCAAACAGCUUGCCACCGUCGAGUCCCCCACAGUGAUGUUGGCAGCUGGUAGCUUCUCCUCUCCCUAUGAGCACCUCAGUCAGCCAGAAACAAAGCGUAUGGUGGAGCACUACACCGCCUACCUGAGUGAUAAUACCAGGCUCAUAGCCAACCCAGGACUCAAGUCCUCUGUCAGGAACGAGGUUAUGGCGACCAGUCACGUCACGGAUGAGUGGAUGACACUAAUGGAAAUGAGUAGCCUCAACUGCUACAUUGUGCGGCGUUACAUAGCAACGCCCAGUGGGGUGCUCCGGAUUUACCCAGGAUCAUUGAUGGACAAAGCCUUCGACCCGACCCGUAGACAAUGGUACCAGCAUGCAGUGGCUAACCCUGGCCUCAUCACCUUCACGGGGCCCUACCUGGAUGUGGGUGGGGCAGGCUAUGUUGUAACCAUCAGCCACACCAUUCAUGCCUCCAGCUCUCAGAUGGCCCCUGGUUAUGCAGUUGCAGUGAUGGGUAUAGACUUUACCCUACGCUACUUCUAUAAGGUCCUGCUUGACCUGCUGCCCAUUUGUAACCAGGACAAGGGUAACAAGAUCAGGUGCUUCAUAAUGGAGGACAGGGGAUACCUGGUAGCACAUCCCACUCUCAUUGACCCUAAAGGUCAUGCCCCUGCAGAGCAACAGCACAUCACACACAAGGAGCCACUGGUGGCAAAUGAUAUCCUGAACCAUCCCAACUUCGUCAAGAAAAACCUCUGUAACAGCUUUAGUGACCGCACAGUGCAGCGCUUCUACAAGUUCAACACCAGCAUACUGGGGGAUCUAACCAACCUUGUCCAUGGUAGCCAUUGUUCUAAGUACCGUCUGACCCGUAUCCCUGGGACCAACGCAUUUGCUGGUAUCGUCAACGAGACAUGUGACUCUCUGGCGUUCUGCGCCUGCAGCACUGUGGACCGGCUCUGUCUCAACUGCCACAGAAUGGAGCAGAAUGAGUGUGAGUGUCCAUGUGAGUGCCCUCUAGAGGUCAACGAGUGUACAGGCAACCUUACCAGCGCUGAAAACAGAAACCCCAGCUGCGAGGUGCAUCAGGAGCCCAUCAGUCUCAAUGUGAUUGAUUCCAGUCUGCAUGACACUUUGCCUCAGUGUAUCAACACCCGCUGCAGCCAGAGAUACACCAGCAGUGACUGCUUCGGUGUGUUGGACUGUGAAUGGUGCAUGGUGGACAGAGAUGGUAAAACCCAUCUAGACAAGCCAUACUGUGCCCUGCAGAAGGAGUGUUUUGGGGGCAUUGUUGGCGCAAAGAGUCCUUACGUGGAUAGCAUGGGGCUCCUGGACGAGGAGGUGGCAUCUCUCAACAUGAUAAAGAGUGCACCUGUGGGUCCCGUGGCUGGGGGCAUCAUGGGAUGCAUCAUGGUGUUGGUGCUGGCUGUGUAUGCGUACAGACACCAAAUCCACAGGCGCUCACACCAGCACAUGUCACCAUUGGCAGCACAGGAAAUGUCAGUAAGAAUGUCCAACCUGGAUAAUGAAAGAGAUGAGAGGGAUGAAGACAGCCACGAGGACAGAGGAAUCAUAAGUAAUACUCGAUUUAUUGCUGCGGUGAUCGAGAGGCACACUCACACUCCAGAGCGGAGACGGAGGUACUGGGGACGAUCGGGGACGGAGAGUGACCAUGGCUACAGCACCAUGAGUCCACAGGAAGACAGCGAGAAUCCACCCGGCAACAACGACCCGCUUUCAGCAGGCGUUGACGUCGGAAAUCACGACGACGACCUGGACCUGGACACGCCUCCCCAGACGGCUGCAUUGCUUAGCCACAAGUUCCACCCCUAUCGGCACACGCACACGCAUCACCACCCGCUGCACACGCACCACCUGCAAGCUGCAGUAACCGUGCACAGUGUGGACGCAGAGUGCUGA